AUGGAUUCGAUCAAAGUUGGGCCAGUAGGAGGAUGUGGUGGAUCAAUUUGGGAAGAAAAAGGAGAUGAAUUAGCUGGAAUUUUUGUAUCCUAUGAUGAAGAAACAGUUAAUUCACUUCAGUUCCUGAAUUAUGUGAAUGGGAAAUUAGAUAUGUCAGCUAAAUACGGAAAUCAUCAAUUUUUGGGGGGUUUUCAUGGCACCAAGUAUUCUUAUGGCAUUGAGAGUAUUGGGUUUUAUGUGAAGGACAUUCCAUCUUAUGUGAUCAAGCUGAACGAUUCUCCAGUGCAGGUUAAAAAGGGAAAAUAA